AAAGAGUGAGCGCACCGCACCACACCCAGCACCAACCUCUGCCUUCUUCUCCCGUUUCUUUUCUGAACCAAGCAACUUUCUGUGGCUUCCUGCUUGCUUUGGCUUGUAUUCCUGCAAUAGUCGCUCGUUCUGGUUCCAGACUCCUGCUCUUCUUUCGACAUCCGAUACGGAUUUCUAUCCUUCACCGCACUUAUUCCGCGAGUCUCCAUUGGUGCCCGCAAUCAGCUGAAUUUCCACCUCCCACAGCCUUCGUGAGACGCCCGUGCAGGUUGGGCAGCACGCACGAGACAGGCAGGCAAGAGAAAGAAAAUAUAUAAGCAGCAACAAAAACCGCAAAAGAGGAGGACAGGAUUUUGCGGUUGGUGUUGAGAGCACUCGCAAUUCAUUCUCGAUCUCCCCCAGCGGAGGGGCCGAGCUCAAUCAAUGGCGCCGACGUCCUACAUCCGCAGUGUCAGCGCCUCGAGUGAACACUUACGAUCCGUGGUUUCCCGCUCCGUGUCCUCGACCUUCGAGACGGUCUCCCCAAAGCAGUCGGUCACCACUUCCAGAACUUCCAUCGCGUCCUUCUUCGCACUUGUCCUUAGAGAGGUGCUGCAAUUCUCAAGACGCACGCUCCUCACCUCGACGUCGCCAUCCAAACCGUCCCGCCGCGAGCUCGUGCAGCCUAUCUUCCUUCAACCCUCCACCGGUCUCGAGAAACGACAGAAUGCCGUCCUCGCAAUUCCCACCACUUAUGCAGGCCUCAACUCCGGCCCCGCCCCCGGCGCCUUGGUCGGCAUUGUCCUCGGCUCUGUCGGUGGCUUCAUCCUUAUAUUAUAUAUAAUUCUCUCACUAUUUCGCCUGUCAGGUUGGGGAGGCGGCCGUGAGGUCGUGACAGAGGAAGUCAUCCGGCAUCACCGAAGAAGGCCCUCCCGAAGCAGUCCGAGCAGCAGAAGCCAUAGCCAGCCCAUGAGCCACGUCAGCAACCACAGGUCGAGUAGGGUGGUAGAAGAGACGGUGGUGGUUGAGGAACAUUUUGGCCCGUCCAGUGUCGAGGAGGACAUUGUUGAGGUCAUUGAAGAGCACUCGCCCGAACGCUCGCCGCCUAGGAAAGGCAGUCGCAGAAGUGGCUUUAGGACUGUGGAUCCAGCGGAGUUUGGAGGAGGAGGAAGGCCGAUGAGGAAGGUUUCAAGACGAUAAUGAAAGAGUGCAGAGAUAUGCUGUUUGUUGCGAGACCUUUUAUUGCUGUCUGACCUACCUAUAAUGAAGCGAUGGAGUUGGUUGGUAUGUGCGGAAUUGUCGCUCCUACGGGAAUGGAGUAUCUAUCUGUACCUGGCGAGCAUCACGGCCGAAGGACAGGCCUGGGAUUGCUAGAGAACAAGUUGUCUGGACUGUGAACAAGACUACGACCUCGAUAUCGGAUCGAAUCAUCUAGCCAAUCAUAUCUUGCCAUCCUUUCUGUGUCAAUGAAGCGGGUUGGUCCCUCCCCUUCAGUCCUCUACGCACUUUUAUACACUUUCCAAUGAAGGCGGUGGCCUCCGCUGAGCCAUGUCCGGUCGGUGUCACGUAUCCACGUUCAAUAUGCCCC